UCUGGUCUUGUGGGCUGGGUCCUUCAGCAUGAUGACCCAGUCCUUCCGGCCAGGAAGGAGCCUACAAACUCCAGGCGUCCUGCUGAUUGGCACGCUUGCAGCUGCGUGUGGCAUCAUAGCUUGUGGCAAUGCCUUCGUGGGACCCACCGGAGCCACUGCGCCUCCAACAGUCGGAGUGGCGCUUCGCGGUGCGAGCAAGAUAGAAUGGGACUCCAAGGACCAGAACAAUGCAGGAAACCUCGUCUUGGGUGCAUCUGCCAUGGUGCUGCUGGUGAAAGCAGCAAGCAACAUGCGGAGGAGACAACCUCACAGCAUGGUUCGCACCGUCCGUCAGGCGGAAGACGGCGACGGUCCGAUUCCUUUGUCAGACCUGGAAGCAGGUGAAAAGGAGUUCGCAGGCAAGGUGGUUAGAGAUGCCAGCAUCGGCGUCUACAUUGACAUCGGCGCUGAGAAGGAAGCCUUGCUGCCUAGGAACAUGGUCCCAAAAGGGAAGAAAUACGAGCCGGGCGAGGAGAUCUCAGGACUCAAGAUCUAUGAGGUCCAAAGCGGCUCAUCACCAGCAGACAGAAAGAUCAGGGUGACCCUCGGAAAUUUGCCUUCAAGCUACAACGUUGGUGACAAGGUGAAAGGAACCGUCCGCGCCACUCAAACUUAUGGCGUUUUCUUCGACAUUGGCAUGGCGAGGGAUGCUUUGGCACCUUCUUCCAGAUUGUCCAAGAAGCCGUCGGAUUAUGCGGAAGAUGAGGAGGUGGAGCUGGAAGUGGUCAGCAUUGAAGGUGACAAGGUCACGGUGGCUGUGGCCGGCAUGGCGGCGCCCUCUGCCGCGCCGUCCACCAAGCUGUCCGUGGGGCAGACGGUGACAGGCACUGUGGCGAGGGUGAACCAACAGUACGGUGUCUUCUUCAACAUCGGGUCAGGGCGCGAUGCCCUUUGCUUCACCAAUCAGUUGGAUAAGGAUCUGGAUAUGUACAAGGAAGGGGACAAGGUUGAGGGCCUUCGAAUUAGCAAGAUUGACGGCGACAAAGUGGAGGUCACCACGCGACCUUUGGCGUCUGAAGCCAAGGUGGGCCAGAAGGUGCAGGGAAUGGUGAUGACGCAGAUCAGGGCUGGCAUUUUCUUCGAUGCCGGCUUCAGUAGCGAUGUGUUGGCGCCUCCUCAACUGCUGCGCAAACCUGUGGACGAGUACUCUCCACAAGAGGUUGCUGAUCUGAUCAUCACGCAAGUUGAUGGCGACCGCGUCACAGUCUCCGACAAGAAUCCGGAGGACAUUCCCAAGCCCUUGACGGAUUUCCUGCGCGGCCAGUCUGUGUCGGGCAAGGUGGUGAGGGUUGAACCCAAUGGGCUCUUGCUGGACAUUGGUGCUGCCAAGGCCGCCACCUGGCGAACCAAGGGAUUGGGUGCCACACUUCCACCCAAGGAUAUCAAGGAGUACCAGCCCGGUGAGGAGGUCACAGGGCUUAUUGUCAUGAAGGUUGCUCCUGUCGCCCAGAUCUUGGAGGUGUCGCUGGAAGGAGCCGAAAUUGUGGAGUCCGGCAUCUCGAUGGCCAGCCUCAAGGUUGGCCAAGAAGUUAGCGGCACGGUGACCAAAGCUAUGGCCUUUGGUGUCUUCGUGGACAUUGGUGCUGAGCGGGAUGCCCUCUAUGCGGUGGGUCAAUUGGAGAAGAAGCUUGAGGAGUACCAGGAGGGAAUGGAGCUUUCAGGCCUUCGAGUGACUGAGGUGGACCCAGAGCGGCAACGGCUGGGCGUUUCCAUGCGCCCGGGUGCCGCGGACUUCAACGUCGGGGAUGAGGUCACCGGCAAGGUCACCAAAAAGAUGCCCUUCGGCCUCUUCGUGGACAUUGGCGCGUGUGUGGAUGCUUUGCUUCCAUCAGCUUUACUGGAGAAACCUCUGGAAGAAUACGAAGAGGGCGAGGCUUUAGAGAAGUUGCAGAUCAGCCGCCUGAACCCCUCCAGCAAUCAGAUCUCGGUCUCUGAGAAGGAGGGCGCAGAAUCAUCGGCUGCGCGCAUCUCCUUCAGCGACCUUGAGGAAGGGAAACCCAUCCCGGGAGUGGUUCGUGGCGUUCGGGACUACGGUGCGUUUGUUGACAUCGGCCUCGGACGCACAGAUGCGCUGAUGCCGAAUUCCAUGAUGGGAGACAAGACCGGUGCCGCCUUCAAGCCCAACCAAGAGCUCGAGGUUUAUGUGGUUCGCAUCGACGAGCAAGCUCAACGGGUCACAGUGAGCGCUGUCAAGCCAACUGCAGAGAUGAGGGGCCAGCGUGCUCGUGGGAGGUCAGGCACCGCGAAAACGUCUCCAGACAGCUACAUUCCUGAGGGCUUCAUGAUCCCAGAUCCCAAACGACAUGUUGAAGUGCUUGGUGGCCGGGAAGAACUGAUGGAUGGUGAACCUAUUCCUUGGUACGAGUGGGCAGAGAAGUACCCUGGCUUUGUGAAGUUCCAAGAAGAGGACCAUGUCAUCGUGAUCUCCGCCAAUGCCUAUGGCUUCGUCGGGAUGCAAGAAAUGAAUCAUGCCAAUCAGGCGGUGAUCAAAAUUCCCAAGCACCUGCAGAAGCCCGAUGCCGUCCAGCCUGAGGGCGAAGUGCGCGUGAAGAUCGAGGAAGCAGAUAUGCCCAACUACGACAUCGGAAUCAGCCCUGAGAUCCACACCAAGUACCGUCAGCCUCCAAUGAACGAUCCAAACUGGCGCUUCUCCACCAUCCCCGAUGUGAAGACCAAAAACAUCUCGUGGAAGGCCGUGGUUGAUGCAGCUGAGCCAUUUGUUCCAACGGCAAAACCUGAAAAGAAAGAAGUGGAGGAGGGUGGCGAGGACUGAGCAGUGCUGCUCAAGAAGUGACGGAGAGUUUUCCGCGCUUAUGCGCCAAGCAUAGGCACAAAACAGGCACUCAGCAAUUAAAACAUCCUCAUUUUUAUGUGUGUGUG